AUGCCUCCUCCACCGGAUGUUGAGGCUCCAACCGGGAGCAAUGAAAGUUCCGCCAUCAGUCCAUCCAACGAAACAAGUGAUGAAUCAACAUCGAGCUCAAAGACCACCGCAGAAGUCUCUCAUGACUCCAGAAAACUUCUCCCAAGUCAGAACCAGAAGAAGCUUCCUGGGAGUGCAACUCCACGCGAUGAGACAGGAGAUAUGAAAGCCGAGAUUAAACGGCUCAAUCGCCAGAUCCAGGACCUGAAGAUGAUACACCAAGAAGAGCGAGAACAGCUUGAAGAUGCAUGGGAGGAAGACUAUGAAUUCAGAUGGAGCAAGCGCGAAGUCAAAGCACCCGGAAUGCCCUUCGCUCGAAGCCAUCACGCCUAUGUCAGCGAAAAAGUUGCUCAAGAUUUCCCUGAUGAACUGGAUCAAGUCGAGGUUCUUCACUAUGCCCGAGAAGCCGAGAGACAGGCGAUCCAAGCGUGGAGGCUUGCUCAUCCUGGACAAGAGUAUCAGGCUCCGCAGUCAAAGAGCGGUCCGCCGAGUACUUCAAUGUUGAAUCGCGUGCCAUGGACCGAGUUCCAAGAGUCUCUCGAGGUUACGCUCCAGUCCAACAGAUUUGCGAUAGAUGUAUUGGUUGGGGAGCCCAAUGUCAAGGUUACACACCCCAGCCUUCGUUAUCGCACUAGAGGAGAAGCUGCAAGAUACGGGUUCGACAACAGGGUUGAUACUACUGGCGGUGCUGCCAAUGCUUCUUCGGCAGCGGCAAAUCUACGAAAGCCCACCGGCAGAACUAUGUCUCGCGGCCAGGGACCACUACCUGAGCGUAUUCGUAUCAAUUCGACAGCCAUCCUGAGAAUUCUCAGCAAGAUCUUCCAAGAGGAAAUCUCAACCAACUUCGAGCCAGUCUUGAUGAUGAGGCCAUUUCGCGGUUUGAUCUGGUACAAAGACGAGAUUCGAAAAUGGAGAGACGACCUCGAGAAGAACGUCAUAAAGGCUCAGAUAGAAGCUGAAAAGACGCAAAAAGAGGAAGGAGACAAAGCUGAUAAGUCCGAAGAAGAGGCUUCUACUGAUGAGGCACCUGGACCCAAGGAUGAUGGAGAGCCCUUGGUAAACAAAAAAGAGCCGGGCGGUGAUGGGGAUAAGCCCCAGGAGGAAGAAGCCCAAAGCGGAGGUCCCUCUAGAGAUUUUAUAGAUUUCUGUAACAGUAUAGAACCAAAGGAACAUACCAAGAAGACUGAAGAGAAAGCGGAUACCAAGGAAGACGAAACGAAGGAGAGACGGGGUAGUCAGGAUACCCAGAUUGCCGACGAUGACGCUCUCAUAAACACCCAAGAAGCACUGGACGACCUCAAUUGUCUCGUCGACUUCAUUAACCAUGAUCUGGAAGAUAAGUUAGCUUACCUUGCUAGCGAAGAGUGUACAAAGGUUGUCUGGAGUGACAUAUGGCACAUCUUCAAGCCGGGUGACUUCGUGGUCAGCAAAGAUGAGAAGCAGGCAUACCGUGUCAUCCAGGUCAAAUAUGCGACACACAGCAUGAAGCCGCCUACUGGAAGAAAUCUCUGGAUGUCUGAAGCUAAAGCCAAGCUUGACGAUUCACCCAUUACCAUCCAGUGUGUUUUCCUAGACUUUGAUGGGGAGCGAAUCGGUCCCGUUACACAAACCAUCGACAUCCAUCGAUAUGAAGGUGAGAGGAGCAUUCGCUCUCUUUCAGUAGUCCCUCUACGAUGGACCAAGACUCGCAACUUGAAGGAGACAUUGAUCAAGCGAGGUUCGAUGUUCAUUGAAGCAUGCGACCCUCAACGCCGUGGUAUUCCAAUGCACUACUCUGGCCUCUCCUUAGAAACACAGGAAGAAAUCGACAGCCAAGUUGUGAUCGACUUCGAAGAAGCAUUCGCCACCAACGACGUCGGAGGCAAAACCAAGCCCUCGGGCUGGACGAUCGAAAAGCUGGUCCUCGAAUGCUUCGCCGGCAGUAUAAAAGAUGAGAUGCAGCUGUAUCUACACGACGUUCAAACAAACUGGAAGCCUGAACUCAAAGACAUUGAUCCCGGUGGUGACUCUGAUACAGACUACACAUCUGACAGUUCAGACAGCCGAGGCGCUAUUCGUAGUCGCCGUCGCCGGGCGCAGAUGAAUCGAACUUGUCUUCCACAGUGUUGUUCCAAUGAGAAUGUUCACGAUGAUGUUUUCGUGGAGCAUAAUAGGAGCAGUGAAUUUGUGCAGAGUCAGUUUUGGGAAGACGAUUUGAAUGAGGGGAUGCCGUCUUUGACUAUUACAGCGAGAUCGUUGAGAGAGGCGAUGGAGGAUGAGGAUUAUAUCACUGAUGAUGAUAGGUUGAUUACGAGUUAUAGGGUGUUUGGGUUUAUUAUGAGGAGUAGAAAGUGGGCCAAGCUCGACUUGACAUAUCUCGGGCCUAUGAAGGGACAGAACACUUUCGACUUGCUCGUUCUCCCGCCUGGGCACAGAGAGAUGGUGGAAAGUCUAGUCACACAGCACUUCUUGGACAAGGCGUCUGCUUACGAUGAGACGGAUGAAGUUGAUAUUGUUCGUGGCAAGGGCAAAGGCUUGAUUCUGCUUCUGCACGGAGCACCUGGAGUUGGAAAGACGACUACAGCGGAAUGCGUUGCCACAUACUUCCACAAACCAUUGUUCCAAAUUACCUGCGGAGAUUUAGGUUCGACGGCAGACGUUGUCGAGAGCCGUUUGGAGAAGAACUUUGCUCUGGCAAGUCGAUGGGGCUGCAUCCUGCUCAUUGAUGAAGCAGAUGUUUUCCUCGAAGCUCGACAGACAGAGAACUUUGACCGCAACAGUCUUGUCGCUGUCUUCCUUCGCACGCUAGAGUACUACACCGGAAUCCUCUUCCUGACCACCAACCGCGUUGGCACUUUCGACGAGGCCUUCACGUCACGUAUUCAUAUCAGUCUAUACUAUCCUCCUCUCAGCCAAGCCUCUACCCUCGCCGUCUUCAAAGUAAAUCUCACUCGCAUCCAAGCCCGAUUUGAGAAAAAGAAGGAGCGAGGAGAAGCUGAGCUCGAACUGGAUGAACUUUCCGUCAACGAGUUCAUCCUUGACUACUUUGCAGAGAACAAAGAUGCACGCUGGAACGGUCGCCAGAUCCGCAACGCCUGCCAAACUGCUCUUGCUCUCGCUGAGUUUGAAGGCCAGAAGCUGGCCAACCCAGCUGCCAGUGGCGGACGAAACGUCAUGGAAGUGGCAGCUAUGUCGAGGAAGAUGAUCAAGGUCAAGUUGACAAAGAAACACUUCCAAGAUGUGGCAAAGGCUUAUUUGGCAUUCAUGAAGUAUCUUCGAGAAGUCCAUGGUGUCAGUGCAGCGCAGCAAGCUAAGAACUUCCGCUUGAGACAUGACCGAUGGGGUCUUGGAGAGUCGGCUAGUUUAUUGGCUUCAAGGCAAAGGGGAUAUGCAGCUGAGGGCAAGUCAAACUAUGGGCAGAGGUAUGGUGCCAGACCAAGUGGAAGACAGGGUCAGCAAACACGGGGACAAAGGUAUCGACAACAACACAUGGAAGAUGAGGAUAUCACAUACGAGUAUGGAUAUGCCGAUGACUAUCACGGGCAUGAAGAUGAUCAAGGGCUCAUGCAGGAUGACGAUGAUGGUAGGGAUUUUGAGAACGGACCAUCCUUUGAUGAGGAAGAUGACUAUGACGAAGGCUACGAAGAGCGUCCAUCUGCGCGAGGCAAACAACCAGCGCAGAACUAUGACGAAGACUUUGAGGAUAACAAGUACUACCCUGACGAUCAGCAGCAAACUGCAAAUUAUCGUCCAGGUCCAUCGCAAUCAGAACCAAGAGAGCGAUAUCCUGCCCGUGGUGGAGGUCGGGGAAGAGGCUCCGGUCCAGGACAACAGACAUCAAGGAGAGGUGGUCACGUCCCUAAGAGAAGAGUCAUACCAGGGGCGUAUACAAAGGUACCUCCUGCUUUCCGUACAGUUUCUCCUGAUAUAGCUGAUUGA